AGCGCGCGUGUCCGAAUCCGCGCCGUCUGCGACGGUCCCGGCGCACGUCGCCCCGCCGGCCGUCACGCUCCGCCGCCGGCGCGUCGCCCCAGUUGCAGAUCCGGUGCGUUCGCGGCGCGCCCAGCCGUGUGUCGGCCGGGCCGGUGUCGGAGCGGUCUCGGUCGGGUGCUGGAGCGGGCGGUGCAGCGGGACGCUAUGCCACUGUUCGGCCUACAGCGGCGGCGCAAUGGCGACAGUCCGGUGAAUGGGGUGGCGGCGGCGCCGAAGCGGGCGCCGCCCACCCCGCGACCGCGCUCGAGCGUGCCGCCUAUGGAGGAGCGGGCCCACCCGUUGCCACGGCCCGAGCUGGUGUUCCACUGCCAGCUGGCGCACGGCAGCCCCACCGGCAUCAUCACGGGCUUCAGCAACGUCAAGGAGCUCUACGAGAGGAUAGCCGAGUGCUACGACAUGUCCUCGUCGGAGAUCUUGUUCUGCACUUUGAACACACAUAAGGUGGACAUGGACCAUCUGCUGGGAGCCCAGAUUGGCUUAGACGAUUUUAUCUUCGUUCACAGAAAAGGUCAGGCGAAGGAGAUCGAGAUUGAGAAGACGGAGGAGGCUCUCGGGCUGACAAUAACUGACAACGGCGCCGGCUGCGCCUUCAUCAAGCGGAUCCAGGAAGGCAGCGUGGCUGAUCAGAUAGGAUACGUGAAGGUGGGGGACCAGGUGGAGCGCAUUGACGGCACCAGUCUGGUCGACUGUCGGCACUACCAGGUGGCCAAGAUGCUCAAGGAUAUCCCGGUUGGGACCACCUUCUUGCUGCGGGUGGUGGAGCCCAUGAGCACAGGGUUCGCCAACAUCGGGCCACGUUCGGGGCCGAAAACCGGCAAGGCGACCGGCUACGGCUCCGGCAAGGCGACCCUCCGACUCAGAGCCAACGGUCCAGCCAGGAUCGAGCAGGCGCCAACGAACGUGGUUCAGAGUGGUGUGAACAAAAUCAACAGCCUGCUGGAAGGAUUCCUGGGCAUAAACGAUACAGAACUAGCUGGUCAGAUUUGGGAGCUGAGCUCGGGCCAGGCCAACACGGUGGAGUUCGCGGCGGCGCUCGACUGCUCCGACCUGGAGGCGUUCGGCUUCACCGAAGACUUCGUCAUCGAGUUGUGGGGCGCCAUCACUGACAUCAGGGCCGGCCGGCUGGACAAGUAGUUGGCGCGGCGCGGUCCGCGGCCGCCUCGUCACGGUGUCACGGAGCGGUCCCGCGGCCGCUCGUCACGGUGUCACGGAGCGGUCCCGCGGCCGCCUCGUCACGUCAUCACGGUCGCCUCGCCCAACCGGCGGCGAAAAAUAACGGGAGUUGUGCCGCGGCCUCGCGGAACGAGACACUGCCGGACGUGAGUUGUGCCUCUACUGCAGGGAGGCGUGACAAUCGCAGGAGUCGUGCCGCUGCUGCAGGGAGAUGAGACACUCACGAGAGUUGUGCCGCUGCUGUAGGAGGUGGGGCACUCGCGGGAAUCGUGCCGCUGCUGCAGGGAGAAGAGACACUCACAAGAGUUGUGCCGCUGCUGCAGGAGGUGGAGCAAUCGCGGGAAUCAUGCCGCUGCUGGAGCGAGGUGGGAAACUGGCGGGAGGGCUCAUCACUACGGGAAGGAAGCGCCAGGAUUUCGGAGGAUGGCACAUUACGAACGGCACACAGAGUGACUGCUGACAGCGCAUGUAGCCGCGUGCGGCAUGUACAAUGCCGUGUCUUUGGGAGCCCGUAAUGACAUAGCAUUCACCUGAAACCACGACAGAGACCGGGACGCCGGACUGCCGUUGGAAAAGUUACCAGACGUGGGCUCGAAUCGUCUACGUGCUCUGAGACUUCCGCGCUUGGUGUGCGGCUCGAAACACCGUUCCGUGGCCCCGAUAUACUACUCCGAACAAACCCUGGUGAUGCACCAUCGCCAUGGUGCCUGGCGCCGGCGGCAGUGCCAUCUGGUGCCACAAUGUGAGUUAGCCCGAAGGCGUCACGCGGCCGCGGUGGCUUCCCAAGCUGGGCUUGUUUUGCUGGAAUGAUACUACGGAGCCAAUGUGACAGAAUCGUGCAGCGUGGAUGACAUCUUGUGAUUCGAUUUUAAACUGGAGAGCUGAAUAAACGUAUGGGAUGAUUGUAAGAAA